AUGUCGUCGUCUCUUGUGGAGACCCGGGACCGGCGCCGCCGCAGGCUCGGGAUCGACUGCGUCGGCCGUGUCGUGUGGCGGCAGUGGGAGCCGAACAACGAGUACGUGAAGAAGAUACGCAUCCUGAACGUCGACUCGCGGCCGCAGACGGUCAAGUACGAGCAGCCGCUGCGGAGGAAAGUCUUCCUGCUGGACUUCCCGGAGCCGGUGACGCUGAGCAGCGGCAUGAGCUUCGACCUCGAGGUGCGCUUCUGCCCGACGGAGCUGGUGGGGCUGCAGGACGCGGUGCGGGUGACGGUGGCGGGGCGCGGCGGCUUCACGGUGCGUCUGGAGUGCGAGACGCCGUACGCAAAGCUGCUGGUGCCGGCGCAGCACGACUUUGCCUACGUGGCGGUGGGCAGCACGGCGACGCACACCGUGACGAUGAAGAACUCCGGCACCGUCGCCGUAAAGUUUGAGUGGUGCGUCACGGCGCCGUUUGCGAUUUUGCCCGGUCGCGGCCGCCUCGGCGAGGGGGAGUCGGUGGCGCUGACGCUCUCCUUCGCCCCGGCGGAGGCCUGCGCGCUGGUGGCGCAGGCGGUGUGCAGGAUGGCCGACAACGACGAGGCGCUGGCGACGAUGCGGCUGUCGGGGGUGGGGAAGUACCCGUUCAUCCGCCCCGCCGGGCCGCCGGCGCCGGGGCGGGACGGCAGCACGCUGCUGCUCGACUUUGGCCGCCUGCUGACCGCCACCUCGCAGGGCAGGGAGUUCAGCCUCGAGAACCCCGCCAUGGUGGACGCCGCCUUCGCGCUGGAGCCGGCCGACGGCGCCGUCGUCCGCCCCUUCAGCAUCACGCCGGCCACCGGCGUCAUCCGGCGCGGCGCCACGCAAAGGUUCAGGGCCGUCUUCGCCCCCGCCGUGUCGGGCGUGACGAGCGUGGGCGCCUACCGCAUCGCGACGCCCACCGGGAACGCCGUUUCGCUGCAUCUGCGGGGCGUCGCGCUCGCCCCCGCCGUGCGCACCUCGACGAGCACCAUCGACUUCGGGGACGUGCGGCUCGAGGAGGACGCGUGGACGCCGCCGCCCGACGCCGAAGGCCGCCGCGGCCCCCAUCAGCGCUUCUUCUUCAUCAAAAACGCCUCGGAGGAGGCGCAGCAGUUUUCCUUCUUGCCCCCCGCCCCGGGCGCGGUGUUUGUGGUGGAGCCGGUCUCGGGCGAGCUGCCGGCGAAGGGCGCGGUGCGGGUGAAGGUGGAGUUUCACCCCACCCACCCCAUCAACUACCUGCGCCGGCUGCUCAUCCUCGUCCGGCACUCGGAAAGCCUCUUGUACGUCGACGUCUUUGGCACCGCAUACGACGCAGCCAUACGCCCCCUGCCGAUGAAGGCGCGGGAUGUCGAGGCCUUCUUCCUGCGGCACGAAUACGGCCUUGCGGGGGCGCAGCCGGAGGAGCUUGCCGCCAUCACGGAGGCGCUGCGCACGGGCCGCUCCUACGAAGACCUCUCCGGCACCCCGCCGCCCGCGGCGUUGACGCCGCAGCUGCCGCUACCCACGCAAACGGAGCCGCACAGCCGCCCCGCGCGGCGACGCAAAGGACGGUUGGACCUCUCGUACUUAACGGCGCCCUUUUCCGCGGGCGUGCCUUUUUGCAUGGAGGCCGACACACUUGUGUUUGCGCCCGAUGGCGGUGAGUCGCGGCGUGUCUUGGUGUACAAUAGAACCAACAGCGUCGCCACGGCGUACUGGUGUGUGCCGGGCGGCUGCGCCUUUUCCGUCUUGCCACUGCAGGAGGACAUCCCGCCCCAGGCCUCCUACGCCUUCACUGUGACGAUGAACCCUUAUGCCUGCGCGGUCGCCGCAGAUCAGUUCCUCGAGUGCUACGUGAACUUUAGGCAGAUGCGCUCCUUCCGCCUCGUGGAGGACGGGGCCUUUACCCCGCCCCACUUCUUCACUCUGCGGUGCCAGCGGGAGCUGACGACCGACGCCGCCAACGCCGGCACCCUCGCGCCGCUGGUGCACGUCAGUCAGUCCGUCACCUUCCCGGCGUGUCGCCCGGGCGACGUUGCGCACGCCGUCCUGGACCUGGAAAACCGAGGCGAGGUGGCGAUCAUGUUUGCCGUCGGCGUCCACGUCGAUUCCUUGGAGCCGAAAGGCGAGGUGAAGGAGGACACGCCCAACCGGCAGCUUGUCUUUAUUGACCGGAGGCAUGGAGUCAUGGCCCCGCACCAGCGCCUCCCUGUGGUGCUGUCGUUCUUGCCAACCGUCGCCGCACGAUUCCGCGGCCGGGCGGCCAUCACUCUCAACGGGAGCCCGCGGGACGUGAUUGAGGUCGCCCUCUGCGGUGAAAGCUUCUCGCCGGAGCUGGUCAUCGAGGACAGCUCCAUGAUUGUCCUGCGCCCGACGUGUGUCACGGGGGAGACGCGGCGGCAGCUACGCAUCUCCAACCCAACCUGCAUCCCGCUUACCUUUGACGUGCGUCCUUCGACGGAGCUUGCGAGUGUGCUGCAGGUAUGCCCCACCUUCGGCGUGCUCGGGGCCGGGCAGGAGAUGGAGCUGACGCUGCUCUUCACCCCGGCCGAGGCAACCGUGUACGAGGGACGUCUCAACUUUUGCAUCUCUAACCGUGACACCGGGGAGACGACCUCCUCACGCGGCGGCGGCGGCGGCAGUAGUGCAUCGGAGGCGGAUCAGAAGCGUCUCAUCUCGUGCCCGUGCACGGCUGAGGGUCACUACGCCAUCGUGGAGGUGGAGCCGGUGAAUAUGGAGCAUGAAGGCCCCGCCCUGCGUGAGAAGACCUUUGAGUGGACCAUCUACAACAGCAGCCUCUGUGAGGUGUGCUACGAGGUGCGCUGGAUCGCGGCGCGAGAGACGACGCAGCACCAGGACCACGGCGCCCCCUCCGUGCAGUUGACGCAUAACGCGAGUGGAACACUGGCGGCGCGCUCCCACACCGUCGUGCUCGUGACGCUGCGACCCCAGACAGGGUACUCGGAGUACAUCUUAUACACGCUGGUGGCCGGGAGCGGGGUGCCGCUGGGUGCGAUACCGCACCCCACAAGUCUGCAAGAGGUGCGCCAGCACCCACAUUGCGUGGUCCGGCUGAACGGCACGCGGCCGGCCGUCCAGAUAACCGACGUCCGCUCCAUGGAGCAGCACCGGUCGCAGUUGUGGUGUCAGCUGGCGAUCAACAGCGUCAAUGCGGUUCUUGCGGCAGCUGUGCAGGCAACCGACCUGGAGAUUGACUCCUUCGCCUUUUUGCAGUACAUUCGCGGGCUUGAGCCGAUAUUUAUGGACGUGGGCAUUGGCAGCGCCUACAGCCCACGGAAGGAGAUCCUGCUCUGCUUUGAAAACGCAGGAACCUGCCCCGCCUCCUUCCGAUUUUGGGACCCAACCGAGCACGAAGGGGGCAACGAGACGUGGUUCCUCGACGAUGAGGAGCUGGAGGACGUGCAACAAAUACUCUGCGAGCGUCUCUUGGAAAUCACGCCGCGGAAGGGCACCAUUCCGGUGGGGGCGCAGCAGGUGGUUACCGUCACCUACCACCACACUGUGGUGGGCGAGCACUCGCUCCCGGUGCUGCUUCGCCUUGACGAGGGCAAGAAGGCGCUGCUGGUGCUGGAGGGCCGCACCGUCGCCGCUGACGCCGGCGCACUGGCCUUUCACCACCCGUCUGUGUACAACCUCCACCCAGUGGCCCUGGGCGACCUGGAGCCCCCGCUACAGACCACCACGAUUGAAAACGUGGCCUCCCAGCCAGUGAAGUACGUUGUGCAGGAGGACUUGACGCAGCGGGUGGCGGAGAAGAACUGCGGGUUCCCGGUGUUUCAGUGCCUGAACCCCACCGGCAUGAUCCCUGCGGGGGGCUCGACGCAGCUCAACUGGUACUUCCGCCCGCUAGAGGCGCGAACGUACCGCCUGGACGUCGCGCUGCGCACGCUGGACGGCGAGGACUACGACGUGCAGUUCGUGGGGCUUGGCUACCACCCCAAGAAAGAGGCCCUAGAGACGACGCGCGCCUUGAUAAACGACGCCUUUCUGCCCAUCCCCGCCGCCCCCGCGCUUUGGCUCCCCGCUGAGAAGUGUCCCCUCGCCCUCUCGAUGGACGUGAUGCGUGUCGGGGCCGCCCCGAGUUUUUCGCUGCACCGCCGCUUCUGCUACCUCGAGAACAGGCACCCGCGCCACACGUACUCGUUUCUGUGGGGCACCCGCCUGGAGCCGGGGAGCUCGACCGUCACGGUGACGCCCGCCGGCGGGGUGCUCGGCCCGGGCAGACGCCUGCGCUGCCUCCUCACCUUGCACUGUGGCAGCCUGAGCCAGAUUUUGGAGACCGCCAUUUUUUGCCACGUCCGCAACGAGACGCUCGCCGCCGCCGCCGGGAAAAAGCCACGGGGCGUGGGGCCCGCCGCGGUGGAAGACGGAAGCGCCGACGCCGACGUGGGGGAGGUGGACGCCUACGAUGACCCGCUACUCGAUGCCAAAACACCACCCGCCAAGGCCUUUGAGCGGUCGACGUGCACGAAGCCGCGGCCGCCGGGAUGUGGAAAAAAACGCCUGCCGGCAACUGUUCCUCCACCCGAGUAUCAGAGUGUGCGCGUGAUCGCCGCCGCCGCCGCUGCGGCGGCGGCAGCAGCAACAGCAACAACAGCGGCCUCCACAACAAACGCGUCCCCUGCUGCUUCGACGCCGUCGAUUAGAACGUUAGACCCUGAGGACGGACCCGUGCUGGAGCACUCACUUGAAGUCUUGGUCCAGGCGCGGGUUAUGCCGAUGGAGGAAUACCAGCGUCUCUAUGGGAAGCGUGCCUUGGAGCAGUUGCACUUCCCCACACUUUGUCAAAGCUACGUGGACCCCGUCAGGCUUGCGCUGCUGCGCAAACAACGCGUGGAGAGGGUCGGCGCGUACUCUUCCGAUGAGGCCUCCGUGGCGCUGCGGGUGCUGGACGGGCUGCUGCGCGCCGUCAUCGCACGGCCGCUGGUCCGCGCCAGCUUCACGGAGACUGUCAGGGAGCGUAUUCCCUACUACCGCGAGAUGGUGUGGGCGGAUGUAGGCUCUGCUCCUCACCCUAUUGGCGCCUUGGCCAUGUCCAUCAAUCCGUGUGAAUCUAUGGACAAUGGCGCCCAGCCCCCGCGCCUCCACUCCGCCGGGACGAGGGCCUGGGGGCAGACGGACAGUCCGCCCUCCACCGCCCCCGCAGCGCUGCCGACGGAGACGAUGCCGAGCGAUGGCGCCGUGAGGAACAUGCUGGAGGAGGUGCUUGCCGAGGCGACGCUCCAGGCGGUUGGUGCCGUGGCGGAGAAGCUGCAGCUCCCCCGUAGAGAAGCUUCCGGAAAGGCGGGCGGCUGA